AUGGAGUUGAAUUGUGGGACUUAUGACUUAUCUAUAAGCUUUGGCAUAGCAGAGUUAUUUGGGUUUCUCUGCGCAAACUGGAGGAAACAGUCAAUCCAUAGUGAUUCACACAUACCUAGCUCAUCUUCAAUGAGAGUAAGAUAUGGGGAUGAGGACAGCAACAGAGAAUGCGACAUCCUUGAUAUUGGUAGAUAUGUAAUGAAAAUCCCAUUCAUUACCUUUCAAAUCAUCCUUUUCAUGAGCUUAAAGGGAACAUCUGCUUCCCCCAAGAACAUUCCGAUUUUAGUUCUGUUUGUACCUCUUUUUCUGCUACAAGGAGCUACGGUGCUUUUUGUUACAUAUACUUCGGUGGUGAAGUCUGUCUUGUGGAUUUAUAAUGUUGGUGGUCCUUAUGGAAGAUAUUUAGCGAGAUCAUUGGCUCAUGUAUUCCUGAGAUUCUUUCAACAUUGUAAAAGAUUACUUGGCUGGUGGUCUAUCAACAAUAAAGAAAGUAAGGAGGAACAAGUUAGUCUCCACAGUGGAGAAGCUAUAGGAUGCAACACAUUAUCACCAGAGGUUGUGAAGAAAAUGCCAAAGUCUGAUCUUGUUGAAGAGGUAUGUAGAUUAAAAGCUGCAUUGAGUGAGCAAACCGAUAGCACCCAGCAGGAGAAGAAUCUUUGCAAAGUUUGCUUUGAGUAUCCAGUCAACGUGGUUCUAUUCCCAUGUAGACAUCAUGUCCUCUGCAGCACGUGCUGCAUGAAAUGCACGACAUGUCCGAUAUGUCGUGUAUUGAUUACGCAUCGUGUGCCUGUAUACGAUGUGUAGAGAUUUCAGCCGACCGUAUAAUUCUUUCUUAUGUCGUGUUUUGAUUAAGCAUCUUGUAAUAAUGAUACGCCAACACUGAUUAGAUCAGUUAUAUGAUUGCCUUAUAUCAACUAAAUAUGGUUAUGUAAGUAACAUCAUAGCCACAUAUUUUUGUCACAUAAACUACAUAUUGAUGUAUCAAACCAAUGUACUGAACCGUGAAUUGCGCAAAUUGCUCGACACACCUAUCUAAUUAAUCGUGAACCUAAUCUACAAUCAAGCAAAAAAAAAACAAAGAUCUUCAAGACACAUCGUUAAGCUAGAAGCAUAGGAGGGAGACAGGGGAAGAAGCUAACAUCGAAG